AUGGCUGUCCGCUCGCUAUUUCCCCGUUGUUCUGCCCUGUGGCCCAGGCGCUCUUCUCCCAAGGCGUCCAUCUGUUUGGUUGAAGACCAGGCCAAAGCGUACAGUCCACUCGACCAAAUUGAAGGGAGAGUCACCGUCACUGUUGGCCGUGAAACACGGUUCGACGAAAUUCACAUCACAUUUGAAGGCACAUCACAGGUCAUUAUCUGGCAGCCAGCUGCUCAUGAACAAACAAUCACCGCCACACAAACCUUCCUGACCCAGCAACAGCCGAUUGAAAAACACGCUUACCCAACUCCCCGUGCUUUCGAACCAGGCCGCUCCUAUGAGUUCCCAUUCAUAUUUAUUAUUCCAGAGUUCCUCCUCCCCCAAUCUUGCACGCACAAAAAGGACAAUGCUGGCAUCCAACGGUCACAUACCAGAAUACCCCCGACAGUCGUUUUGGAUACAGUGGGAGAUAUGACAUGUCGUAUCUCUUAUGCUAUCCAUGUAGAUGUCUCGAUGCCCUGGGGUAAUGAUCAAACCACGCACAGACUGGCUGUCGCGGUCAAAGAGUUGGCUGUUAUCCCGGCUAGCGGUGAACGAGAGGGAAGCGACACAGUUAAUAAUCCUCGCGCAUACUGUGCCCAAACACUGACGGAACCUAAUGGUGGCUUCAUGAGACGGGAGCUGGGACGAUUGCUGGCGGUGGCCUCAGCAUCCAAACCCAUCCAAUUUCUUCAUCCUGAGUGCUAUCCCAACCAGGUCCUAGGCAAUGGUGCCGUGAUGAACCUUCGAUUUGAACCUGUCAGAGAUGUGUCACCUCCUCAGCUGGAAAAGCUAUACCGCAAACUUAGAAUCUUGACUUUCUACAGUUCCACCCCCUGGGAGGACUAUCCGUCUAUGAAGGAUGUACAGGGUCUUCCUCAUAGGCGGCGAGGGGUUGUCGUCAAGACCAUCCCGCUUUCAACCCUUCAUAUGGGCUCUGUCCAUUGGACUAGGACUUUGUCGACCAACUGUUCGGCCUCUAAUGAGUCAACGCAGCCUUCGGAGUUGAGCUUGCCUUUAGAAUCAUUGGCAGACCCAUCUGGCCCAUCUGGCCCGAGCUGGUGCUAUACCACAUCCGUUGUGGUUCCUGUAUCUCUACCAACACGGAAAAACCUCAUUCCAACGUUCCAUUCCUGUUUUGUCUCUCGCAUAUACGAACUCGAGCUCCGGCUCUCCUACCAUAUGCCUAACGACCGGGUCGCUCCCCGGAAUGUGACAGUUGAAGUGCCGGUUCAAUUCACUCACGAGAAGGCAAGGGACCAGACUGUGUCUUACUUGUCGCAUGUUUCCGAAGAAACACGGGACCAGACCUCUCAUAGCCUCUCCCUGCCCAACCUGCAGUAUGCUCCGCAUGAGACUAUAUGCUCUACGCCAGACUCUACGUCAGACUCUUCUGGGCACGGUCACGUUCUUCCACCCCCGACAUAUCCUGAUUGUUUGCGGAUAUAA